AUGCAUAACAAUUUCCAUGAACCAGUAACAACAAAUGAACCAUCAUCAUCAUCAAACCUUAAUGAUCAAACAUUACAUCAACAUUCGUAUGAACAAUCGAAUCAAGUUAAUCACACAAAUACAGAUCAACAAUAUCACAUAACAUAUGCAAUAACUCCAGAAGAACCACCUCCAUCUUAUUAUGCAGCUCUUCAAUCAUCAUCAAAUCCAUCGAAUAUAUAUCAACCAAAAACAAUCGAUGAAACUAGGAAUCCACCUCAACUAAAUUAUCAGGGAACACCAUUUCCACCUGGUUAUAGAUGGCCACGAUUUUCUACUAAUGCUGUAUGUCCACAUUGUGGUGUAACAGGUCAUACACGUGUUCAUACAACUAGUACUGCUCUUACUUUUGCUCUUGCAAUUAUUCUUUUUUUGUUUUGUUGUUGCCUCUUUAUUAUUCCAUUUUGUCUUCCAUCAUGUAAAAAAACUACUCAUCAAUGUUCGCAUUGCCAUGCUAUAUUAGGUGAAGUUAAUGAAUUUCAAUAA